AUUCUAUGGUAAAGUAACGUACAAGUGUCUAAGUUUGCGAUACCAUCUUACACUUGCUACCGAAAGUACUAUACAUUCUUAGUUGAUUAAUGACACUGUACUAAUUAAUUUUAUUCUAUUGAUAUGUGACAGAUUUUGGCACGAAUCAACAUUGUUUUUGUAUGCUGAGAGUGAAAAGAGUGUAAACAUGUGUACGCGGACUUGUUUUAUAAUUUUCUUAGUUUUUGGACUUAACUUGUGGUAUGUGGAAUGCAAUACUACGCAAACAUGUCCACAGAAUUUGAACCCAGCCUCCGGAAAAACGGGAGUGAAACCAGUUUUGGACAGAUACGAGUCAGCAUUGCUUAUGUUACUUGGAUUUGGUGGCUUUUCGAUCAUUCUCGCACUGUUUCACAAUGCAGUUCGGAAGCAUAUAUUCCACGAUGAGCACAAUCUGGACACAACAUUUGAUGCCGGUGGAAACGUUAGUCUUAGUUUAACAGCAGUAACAGUUGCUUCACAAUUGUUUUGGCCAGGUGACAUUUUACACAGUGCCACACUGACGACAAAGAAUGGGAUAGCUGGUCCAUUUUGGUAUGCAGUUGGGAUUAUGAUUAACAUCUUCAUAUUUCCAAUAUUUUCUGUCCAGUUUAAAACAAGAGCACCUGGUGCUAAAACUUAUUUACAGAUUAUCCACGCACGGUUUGGAAAAAAGGCACAUAAAUUGUUUUGUGUGUUUGCGCUAGUGACAAACCUUGUUAUCAUGAUUGGUUUACUUUUGGCGGGAAGGGCAACUAUACAAUCACUGACUAGGGAUGCCUCUGACGAAUUUUGUUUGUUCGUAAUGGCGAUACUUUUUGGUUCGUACUCCCUCAUUGGAGGAAUAGGCACAACAUUUUACGUUUCAUACUUCAACGCGUGCCUCGUUUUCAUUUUGUUAAUUGUAUUUGUAAUCAAAAUAUUACACAAUUCAGACUCUGAAUAUGCAUCAAUAGGAGACAUUUCACGCAUGUACAAAUCGAUUUCAUGCGUAGAAGGUCCCGUUGAGAACGCAAAUCAUAGUUAUUUGACAUUCAGAUCUGGUGUAGCGUUUUUAUAUGGCGUUAUUGAAGUAUUUGUGUCGUCUGCAGUCACGUAUUGUGACCAAGCAUCAUGGCAGAGUAGAAUAGCAGCGAAACCAGUUCAAGGAGUAUGGGGGUUUUUAUUGGCUGGUUUCAUCUGGUUCUCUAUUCCGUCCACUAUGGCAACAACGACCGGUAUGGCUUAUAUAGCUCUCAGCGCAGAAAAUGGGACGCAUUACUUGAGCGCUGGCCAGAUAGAUGAAGGAUUGGUGACACCUUUAAUUGCAGAGAAGGUCCUUGGUUCGUCUGGUGGAAUACUCAUUCUGACUAUGGGUGCCAUGGCUCUCAUGUCGACAGGGUCAGGAGAGAUCAUGGCGAUAUCUUCCAUCAUCGUCUAUGACAUUUAUCAAACAUACAUACGUCCGUUCAGAAAAGACUUAAAGAGAACAGAUUGUGUAUUGUGCGGGAAGCUAAAGAAACAGACGAUAGCUGCUACUUAUGCAAAUGACCAGGACCGGGAAAUUUUGUGCCACUGUCGAAGUGUCAACAAGUGUCAUAACUGCUUAGAAGAUAUACAACGACGUCAUAGACCAAAUUCAUUUGGAAUUAAACCACCGUAUAUGUGUCCUAUUCACGGACAGUAUCGUCAAUACCAAGAUUAUCUUAUCACUUUUAAGAACUGGUGUAUCAUUUGGGUCACACUUGCGAUAAUUCCUCUAGGAUUGAUUAUCUUUGAAUCCGGUAUCGAUCUUAACUGGAUAUUUUACGUCGGAGCAAUUAUAACGAUUCCCUGUUUUCCACCAGUGAUGCUUUCUAUUAUAUGGGUAAAAGCAACUUCAAAAGGACUCAUGGUCGGAGCAAUCAUGGGAUUUUUCUGCGGAUCUGCCGCAACAUUAACAGCAGCAAGUAUGUACCCGAAUGGUUUAAAUGAUUUUCUUCUAAAUACUGUGCAAGAUUAUAGUAUUUUAGCUGGAACAUGCUUUAGUUUUGGCGUUAGUCUAACCGGAUGUUUGAUUAUCUCCCUUUUUACGCAUAAGAUUAAAAGUAAGCAUGACGAAGAUAUGGAAUGGCAGAAAAUGUACAACAUCGACAAUCCGCUUAAUCCUUGGGAGUUAAAUUUUAAAGAGGAGCUCGAAGGACUCCAUUUUGAUACGAAACCAACAUUUCAACAGAUGUCGACUACCUUUAGAAAAGCAAAAAUAACUGCAUACGUAGGGGGCUUUUGCAGUAUAUUUUUAUUCGCCAUUUUGAUACCUGGUAUAAUGGCUACCUUCACCGUUAUGAGUGAAACCCAAUUCAAAGUCUGGGUGUGGUUUACGCAAGGAUGGGCAGUAGUAAUGGCUGUUAUAGUCAUUGUUGCACCUCCUUUUGAAGAAAUUCGGAGAAUUGUUAAACAGUAUCACAAAAACAAAGAAAGGAGACAAGAAGCGAACGGAAAUAUCAACGACAAAAUUGUAAUGAACGAAGUAAUUUUUAAGGACAAGUCACUUGCUGAUAGUAAUAGCGUCCCAACUAAGGUUUAAUAAUAGCCCUUAGUUAAGGGAAAAUAAGUUGACA